UUCACCAGACACCUCCAGUAAUGAUGGCUGUUCUCCGCUCUGGAGGAAGAGUGUUCAUCAUGCUCCUCAUUAGCAGGACGUUAGAGAACUAUCUGCUCAGCGCUGAAGUAAAGGAGGGAGAGAUUCUGCCUCCCACCAUUCAGAAGCUGAUGAAAGGGUACAACAAGUACCUCAGGCCUUUCUUUGACAAUGGGCCAGUGACUGUGGGCAUGAGUUUGGACGUUGCCAGCAUUGACACCAUAUCAGAGAUCAACAUGGACUACACGGCCACCAUCUUCCUGCGUCAGCGCUGGACAGACGAGCGCCUGGUGUUUGAGGGGAACAAAAGCCUGAGUCUGGACGGCAGGCUUGUGGAGCUGCUCUGGGUACCAGACACCUUCAUCGUAGACUCCAAGAAGUCUUUCCUCCAUGACAUCACUGUGGAGAACAGGCUGAUCAGGAUCUUCCCCAAUGGAACAGUGCUCUACGCCCUGAGGAUCACCACCACUGUGGCCUGCAACAUGGAUCUGACCAAAUAUCCCAUGGACAAGCAAACCUGCACUCUGCAACUGGAGAGCUGGGGCUACAACACCAAUGAUGUGAUGUUCUACUGGACCAGAGGGAACGAGUCGGUCAGUGGUUUGGACACGCUGCGUCUGGCCCAGUACACAGUAGAGGACCACUACACCUCUGCGUCUGAGGCCAUCUAUGAAACAGGCCACUACCCCAAGCUGAUCUUCCACUUUGAGCUGAAGAGAAGCAUCCUGUACUUCAUCCUGGAGACGUAUGUUCCCUCUAGCCUGCUAGUGGUCCUGUCCUGGGUGUCCUUCUGGAUCAGCCAGUCUUCCGUCCCCGCAAGGGUCUGCAUCGGAGUGACCACGGUUCUGACCAUGACCACAUUGAUGAUGGGUGCCAGGACGUCCCUGCCCAAUGCCAACUGUUUCAUCAAGGCCAUCGAUGUGUACCUGGGCAUCUGCUUCAGCUUCAUCUUCGGAGCCCUGAUCGAGUACGCCGUGGCCCACUUCUGCACCCUCAACCACCCCGACGCCAACAUUGUCAUGUACGGUCACCAGAUGGGAGGCUUUGACGAGGAGAUGAACGGCAUGGUCACUACCAUCGCCGCUGAAAACAGUAGGGCCAAGAGGCGUAAGGAGAAAGCUGCUGCAGUCUCAGCGCCCAUUGCAGAGCUGGAACUGGGCCCCUCCAGCCCCACUGGCAGCGAGCCCAAGCCCGAGGCUCCUGAGGAGCCUCCCAAUCGCUGCCUCACUGUCCUGGUCCUCCUCCGCAAGUUCCUGCGCAGAGCUGCAAACUGUUUCCAUGUGGAGAAUCCCCACUUAAUAGACAACUACUCCAGGAUGACCUUCCCCCUCUCCUUUGUAUUCAUCAACCUCCUCUACUGGACAUACUACCUGUACUUGUAACACACAGGAGUGUGUGUUUCGGUAUGUGCAUGUGCGUGUGUGUGUGGGUGUCUGAAUCCGUGUGUUUCUGUUUGUAAGUGGGAUUCAUUCAUACUGUAUGUGUUUUUUUUCUCAAACAAUGCACAUGUUUACAUUUACAGUCAUGAGUGAGGCAUAGUGUACAGUAGACCACCAACUACAGUACAACAUCCUGAGGAGAAUUACAUGUCCAUGCCACGUUUAUUAUAUCUGAUUCAGCUCAUUACUGCUCUCAUAACUGAUGAAUUUCCAGUAAGUUCUGUCCAUGAUGGCCUGCUGACAGAUGACCUAUGGCUGGUGUGGAGCAGAGGAGUGAGUGGCUGGAUGCUCUGUAUAAUAUUUAUGAAUGAGCUCCUCACUGCGAAGGGAAGCAUCCAGAGUACCUCUGCGUUAGGCUGGGUCCACACUUAAGCUCCGAAUGGCAAUAUAUUUAUAUAUAUAUAUAUCUCUCUCUCUCUCUCUCUCUCAUUUUAUUUCUAUAAGAAAUCCAGUGGCCUUGGUUCCCUCCACCACAUUAUGGAAAUAGACUCUCAAUGAGCCAUAAACUGUUUUAUAUAAUUUGUCAUCAUAGGGCAACAACUGCCAGCACCUUAACUGGACAGGAACAAUGCAAUAGAAUGGUAGGAAUAUACAGCACCUAGUGGAGUAACAGUGAUAUAUGCAGUAUUUUUUCCAUUGGAGCUGGUAGAUAGUAUUUUGUGAGCUUUGUGAUCCACGCCAUCUUAAUGGUGAAGCUAGUACCUUGUAGUCGAUGUUUUAGGACACUGACAUUUUGAACAGAGGUGAAACCGCUACUGUAACAGGAUGUCAUCAUCAAUCACCUGUUCAUCAUCCAGAUAAGGGUUGAACUAACAUCCCUCCUUGUCCUCUGUUGUGUGAGUGUUGUGUAUGAUGACGAAUGUCAUAUAUUCCCAAUCAUAUUUUCACAUAUCAGUAAUAACAAAGGACCAAAGAUUUCAAUUUACGUUGUAAUCUUUCCAUGGUUCCCUUUAGACUUUGUUCCAUUCCGUAUAACUACUAAUACAGUACAUUUUGAAAUGUUGAAUUAUUAGUUCCCAUUGAGGUGUAAAAAAUCUUUCAAUUAAAGUAAUAGCAUGCUAUAUCAGCAUGCAAAAGGAAAACUGCAACAUUUCAUAGCCCUGUGCAGACAGAAACAGUCUCACACUCAAUGCAUGUUUGUUUAUUACUUCCUUGAAUAUCUUAAAUAUUAAAUUCAUUUUUCUGUUACAGUGCUUUCACCCAUAUCCGUAAAGCCAUUGACAAGCAGGUUGUCCAUAGCACAAAAUAACAUAUGACUUGUUCAUGACUAUGAAAUACUAAUUCAUUCUCUUAAUUAAUGUACAUAAUGGAAGUCUAUAGGUCAUUAUCAAUAAAACGUCACAAUAAGGUGCAGAGCCUUCAAUUUGGCUGCUGGGGGGGCAAGGAGACCCCCAGCUCCGCUAAACCAUUGACAUCUACGUGCCAUUUUCAAGAUAUUAUUAAAUCAAUGUUAUAACUAUUUGGUUUUAAUAGCAUCUCUUCAAAUAAAAUAAAAUCACAUUUUAUUGGUCACAUACACAUAUUUAGC